GGCGAGGGAAGGAGGUGGAGCGCCGCCCGCUCGGCUUCCGCAACGGAGUGGGAGUCGCAGCGCCCCCUUGCGGCGGACCGGGGCGAGCGGCAUGGCGGAGCUGGGCGCCCACCUGACGGCCGAGGCGGCCGGUGAUGACCGGCCCUCCAUCUUCGAGGCGGUGGCUCAGGACAGCCUGAUGGCGGCCGUGAAGCCCGCCCUGCUGCACCUGGUCAAGGUGCUUGCUGAGUCUAAUCCAGGCCGGUACGGCCUCCUCUGGCGCAGGUUUGAUGAGAUCUACGUCCUUCUGGAUUUUCUGCUCCAGCAGCACUACCUGGCCAGGUGCAGUGCCUCCUUUUCUGAGAACUUUUAUAGCUUAAAGAGGAUACCGACAGGAGAUUGCAAACAGCAACCUUUGGCCACUGCUGGCCUGCCGAAGAAGCAGCACUGGAAGUCUCUCCUGUUGCUGAUUCUCGUUCCUUACCUAAAAGGAAAGCUAGAGAAGCUUGUGUCCAGCCUUAGGGAAGAGGAUGAGUACUCCAUCCAUCCUCCAUCAUCCUCCUGGAAGCGUUUUUACCGAGCCUUUCUAGCCGCCUACCCCUUUGUAAACAUGGCCUGGGAGGGCUGGUUUCUGAUCCAGCAGUUGUGCUACAUCCUCGGGAAGGCUCAGCAUCAUUCCCCCUUGCUGCGACUGGCUGGCGUUCGCCUGGUGAGACUGACUGCAGAGGAUAUCCAGGCCCUGGAGAAGAAACUGCCUGUAGCAGCCUCGAGUCAACCACACAGCAUUAAAACACAAGUGCAGUCAGCAGUGAGGAAGGCUUUGGGUGGCAUCGCCUUCUCGCUGUCCACCGGCCUGUCUGUAUGCGUGUUCUUCCUGCAGUUCCUGGACUGGUGGUACUCCUCUGAAAACCAAGAAACUAUCAAAUCUCUGACAGCGCUCCCUACUCCUCCACCCCCUGUGCAUCUCGACCAGGGGGUGGGCUCAGCUCUCUUACCCAAACUGAAGACAGUGUGCCCUCUGUGCCACAAAGUCCGAGUCAACGCCACAGCCCUGUCCACGUCCGGCUUUGUGUUUUGCUACCGUUGUGUGUAUAAUUAUGUGAAGACUCACCAGCGCUGCCCAGUCACUGGCUACGCCACGGAGCUCCAGCACCUCGUCAAACUGUACUCUCCUGAGAGCUGAAAGAGCUGCGCUGCGCUUCAGAGAUCUCUGAGGACAGCGGCUGGGCAUUCGGGGUGGUGCUGCACUGCGGGCAGCUGGACGCCGCUCUGUGACUCCCUCAAAGGGGAGAAAGUAACGAUGAAAGGGGCUCAAGGUUCGAGCUGCUCGUGGAGGUCUGCUCCUAAGCACCUCUGAAUGACGUCCUUCAUUCCCACCAACGGUUCUAAAUUAAAACCUCUGACUCUUUAUAGAAAUAAGAGUUGAAAUGUAAGCAGGGAUAGAAGAGGGAGGAUACCUUUUCUCCACAAGGGAGAGAAAUGACAAAGCAACUUAAAGCAGCAGCUGUGCCAAUUAAUUAAUUGUUAAAUAAGUCUCUGAUUCUGUUGUUACCUGCUUUUAUAAAGCAAAAUUCUUUCUUGAUCGAGAAUCCAAAUAAAUUUUUGACGAUUGGAAAAA